CCGCAGAGGACAUAGCAGAGGAACUGAGAUGAGGGUUGGUCUUGUCAAGUGUCAACUGACACACAUCUCAACCAAAACAGGCUCACACGCUUUCAGCCAAACCACUGACACACACUGCAAUGGACUAAGAAGAUAUUCAGAAAUGUAGAGGAAAAAUAUCAAAUGAGUUGAUACUGAAAGACCCCAUGGACCUUCAGCUAUGAGACACAAAUGGAAUGCAGCUCACCACUGGUAGUGAACAACCCAGAGGUCCAAUGGCCUAUUCACCCCAUGGUUGGUGGUCUAUCCUCAUUGGCAUCACUUUGCUGUGUGCCAUAUGGUCUAGUAGAGCUGAUAAGCCAUGUACUGCAUCAUCCAGCAUUGGGGACCUGGUCCUUCUGGGCUCCAGCUUCCAGGUGUUCUGUACCUAUCAGGCCAGCUGCAGAGCUUCCAAAUCAAUGCACACCGACAAGAAGAAAAUACGGAAAAUACAGCCCUACAACUCUACAACUAUAUUCCUCAACGUGACAAACAUAAGUAAAAACACAACGUACACCUGCCUGUGUGAAGGAGAACCUGAGCCUUGUGGACUCGAUAUUGAUACUGGAUACACACCUGACCUGCCAGAAAAUGUAACCUGUGUCCAGAAAGGUCCAUUUGGAGAGGUGAUGUGUACAUGGAGGAGAGGAAGGGAAACUCACCUGACAACCACUUCAGAGCUCUGGGUGAGAGCUGUGUUUGGUAACAGCACAGCAGGAUCUGUAUCCUACCCUGGUUCUGGUUCCAGGUCUGAUCCUGGUCUAUUCUCAGCUAAUUUCCCUGUGUCUGGUUCUGUCCAGACGGAAUACUCCGUAUGGGCCAGCUCCUCCAACAAGCUAGGUUCUGCUGUGUCCACCACCCUCAACUUCACACUCGACCACAUUGUGCAGCCCUUGCCCCCUGCUGUGUCCCAGGUAGAGUGCUGGUCGCUGGGCUGUAAUGUCAGGGUGGAGGGGGCUCAGGGAGCUCAGCUCCUGGAGGUCCAGCAGAGAACCGCCCAGGGACCAGGACCAUGGAUAUUACACCCACACACCGCAGGUUCAGUGUGGAACCAGUCCAUUCUGUCUCUGCAGCCCUACACGAAGUAUGAGUUCCAGGCCAGGGUCAGACUGAGCCAUAGGAGAGGCAUCUGGAGUGACUGGAGCCAACCCGUCUCUAACUGGACACAGGAGGAGGCACCUGCCAAGGCUCUGGAUGUGUGGUACACAACCUCCAACUCUCCCAACUCCAUCACUUUAUACUGGAAGAGGCUGAGUCACACAGAGGCCAGAGGGAAGAUCAGGGGUUACAAGGUGAUAGUUCACGACGCCCUGGCAGGGAAAUCUGAGAGCAACACCUCCAUUAAUCAUAUUUCAGGCCUGUCCUGCUCUCGCUGUGAUGUCACUGUCUACGCCCUGAACUCCAGAGGUUCCUCACCCCCUGCCCGUGUCACCAUUCCCCUCAGAGCAGCCCAGCCCCCUCAGAAUGUGAUGUGUACAAGUCACAGUAACCACAGCGUCACCAUCUCCUGGCGGAGGCCUGUAACUGCAGGAGCAGCCAGUGGAACAGGGGAUGGGGCAGUAAGUGGCUACCUGCUGGAAUGGUUCCCUGUUGGCAGACAGGUGGAGAAGCUCAGGUGGAAAAGACUGGGUCCUAAUGAAACCCAUACUGUCAUUAGAGAUAACAUUAAGCCGUUUGAGUGCUAUGAGGGAGCAGUUUAUGCUCUGUAUGAGCAGGCAGUGGGCAGGGCCCAGUUUGAAGACUUCUACACCUUGGAAUUAGUACCUUCCGCGGGUCCGUCUGUCCAUCAGCCGGUGGUGGAGGGGGACAAAGUGACUGUUUCCUGGUCAGAGGUCCCUCAGGAACACAGGUGGGGCUGUGUCAUCAACUACACCAUCUAUGUGAAAAACUCAGAGGGAAAAGACGUUGGAAACUACGUCUGCAGAGCAUCAGAGAGGUCCUUCACCAUCAGGGACCUUCCCCCUGAGUACUACCGUCUAUGGAUGACCGCAUCGACUGCCUCAGGACAGGGCCCCAGAGCCGGACACUCCUUCAUCAUCAAACCUCAAAGUUUGCUUUCAGACAGUUGGCUUUAUACCAUGGUCCUGGUAGGGAUCACCUCCUUCCUGGUGUUCUUUGUCUUGCUGUGCCUGUACCAGGUCUCCUCGCUAAGACGACGAGUCUCAACACUCGUCCACUGCCUCAUGCCAGAUAUUGUCCCUGAUCCUGCCAACAGCAAAUGGGCAAAGGAGUGUGCCAAAGAGAAGGGUGAGUUGACCCUACACCUCUACCUCAGUGAGUCUAGUGUCAGUGAAGAGGAGGAGCCAGACACUGUGGAGGUCCAGGAGCUGCCUGAGGGCAGUUGGAGCUCAUGGAACCCAGCACAGCGCACUGACAUCUCCGGAACUCCAGAGGGUGCUAUUCACCCCUCCUUACACCUCCUCUUCAUGCCCCAGCAGAUCCCUGCGACAGACCCGUCAACAACAGCCUACUUCCAGAGCUCCUACCUCAAGAGCUUCUCCCAGGAGUCAGGCUCCUCAGGCCAGACACAGGAUUCCCAGGGAACAGAUAUGACUGUAGACUACAUCUCAACACACGUCCUAGAGGGCAGAGAGGAGAAGGAAGAGGAAGGUCUGGAUGUGAUGGGAUUCUUCUCCUGUCCGCAGAACCCCCUGAGUCCGUUCAUGAACCCUUUGGUGUCUUUCGGAGGGAAGCUGACUCUGGAUGCGGUCAGGAUCGACUGCAGUGAGUUCUUAGACUGAUGGGUUAGACUGAUAGACAUAUAAAAUAACCCAAGGAGCAGGUUGUGUGAAGACCCUGUGUAAUCUUUGAUUCUCACUAACCAACAAUCAUUAUAAACAGUUAUAUUGCAUUACAGUACAACAGUACACUAUCUAUCAGAGAUGGGAGACUACAGACCUCGGGGUCUAUAGUGGUGUAACACUUUUUCACCAUAGCAAACACUAAUUGCAUUCUAAAAUGAAGAUGAUGAUGAGUUGAUUUUUGGAGUCAGGUGUUAGCUGGGGCAAAAGUGUGACAUCAAUCCGGCCCCCGAGGACUGGAGUUGCCCAUCCUAGAUCUAUGUCUUGGAUAACACAAAAGAUCAAUACAAUACAACUCACCCGUCACAUUUCCCCCAGUUUACAGGGACUGUAAGCAAUGAGCUUUUCUGAAAUUAUAUAAAGUUAUGUAAAGUGCACCAUGAGUGCACCAUGAGUUCAUAUCUGGAAGUGUAUUUAUUAUUUUCACAAAGAGAUAGUACUGGAAUAUGCAGGGUCAGCCUUAGCAUAGAGUCCUGGAUCCUUGCAGAGAGUACAGGUGCUCUAUAGUGUAAAUGUAAUAUUGGGGAUUCUUAAAGUUUAAUACAUUUAAUAUGGGGGAUUAUUGUGAUGAGAAAAAAGGAGACUGGAGAUGCUAGUGAGGUUAGACUUGUAUUUGUUAUUUGGGGUCUUUGAAUCAGUUACAUUUCGUUAUCAACAAAUCAGCCUGCAUCUCAAAUCGACAGUUAAUCAGAGCAGCAAGAAGCAAAAAACACAACCAACCCGCGGUGAGCAAACAGGCAUGAAUUCUGAGAAGAAUAACAGAUAGAUAUUAGGAUACAGAUUACAGAUGGGUCAAUGUAUUUAGCUUUCAAACAUAAUUUACAAUAUUGUUUAACAGUGGUUUGUUAUACACAAAAAGAUAUGUGAACCCUUUGGAAUUAGCUGGAUUUCUGCAUAAAGUCACAGCAUUAGACAAACACAGUCUGCUUAAACUAAUAACACACAAACAAUUAUAAUGUGGAUGUUUUUAUUGAACACACCGUGUAAACGUUCACAGUGCAGGUUGGGAAAAUGAUGUGAACCCUUGGAUUUAAUAACAGGUUGACCCUCCUUUGGCAGCAAUAACCUCAACCAAACGUUUUCUGUAGUUGCGUAUCAGACCUGCACAACAGUGAAGAGGAAUUUUUGACCAUUCCUCUUUACAAAACUGUUUCAGUUUUAUAAUAUUCUUGGGAUGUCUGGAGUGAACCGCUCUCUUGAGGUCAUGCCACAGCAUCUCAAUCGGGUUGAGGUCAGGACUGACUGGGCCACUCAGGUUGAGGUCAGGACUGACUGGGCCACUCAGGUUGAGGUCAGGACUGACUGGGCCACUCAGGUUGAGGUUAGGACUGACUGGGCCACUCAGGUUGAGGUCAGGACUGACUGGGCCACUCAGGUUGAGGUCAGAACUGACUGGGCCACUCAGGUUGAGGUCAGGACUGACUGGGCCACUCAGGUUGAGGUCAGGACUGACUGGGCCACUCAGGUUGAGGUCAGGACUGACUGGGCCACUCAGGUUGAGGUCAGGACUGACUGGGCCACUCAGGUUGAGGUCAGGACUGACUGGGCCACUCAGGUUGAGGUUAGGACUGACUGUGCCAUUCCAGAAGGCGUAUUUUUUUCUGUUCAAGUCAAUCUGUUGUUGAUUUACUUUUGUAUUUUGGGUAGUUGUCCUGUUGCAUCACCGAACUUCUGUUGAGCUUCAAUUUGCCGACAGACUCCUUCUACUGCAAAAUGUCUUGAUAAACUUGGGAAUACAUUUUUUCCGUCGAUGAUAGCAAGCUGUCUAGGCCCUGAGACGGCAUAGCAGUCCCAAACCAUGAUGCUCCCUCCACCAUACUUUACAGUUGGGAUGAGGUUUUGAUGUUGGUGUGCUGUGCCUUUUUAUCUCCACACAUAGUGUUGUGUGUUCGUUCCUUCCAAACAACACAACUUUAGUUUAAUCCGUCCACAGAAUAUUUUGCCAGUAGCGCUGUGGAAUAUCCAGGUGCUCUUUUGAAAACAUCAGACGUGCAGAAAUAUUUUUUGGGGACAGCAGUGGCUUCUUCCAUGGUGUCCUCCCAUGAACACCAUUCUUGUUUAGUGUUUUACGUAUUUUAGAUUCGUCAACAGAGAUGUUAGCGUCUUCCAGAGAUUUCUGUAAGUCUUUAGCUGACACUCUAGGAUUCUUCUUAACCUCAUUGAGCAUUCUGCGCUGUGUACUUGCAGUCUUGCAGGACGGCCACUCUUAGGGAGAGUAGCAAUAGUGCUGAAAUUUCUCAAUUUAUAGACCAUUUGUCUUACUAUGGACUGACUUUUAGAGAUACUUUUGCAACCCUUUCCAGCUUCUGACAUCUUUUGUUUGAGGCAUGGUUCACAUCAGGCAAUGCUUCUUGUGAAUAGCAUACUCAAAUUUUGUGAGUAUUUUUUAUGGGGCAGGGCAGCUCAAAUGAAUAUCUCCAAUCUCGUCUCAUUGACUCUACUCCAGGUUAGUUGACUCCUGACUACAAUUUGUUUUUUGAUGUGUUCAAUAUGGACGAGACAAAUACCAAAAUGUGUGUGUUAUUAGUUUAAGCACACUGUGUUUGUCUAUUGUUGUGACUUAGAUGAAGAUCAGAUCAACUUUUAUGUUACAUUUAUGCAGAAAUCCAGGUAUUUCCAAAGGGUUCACCUACUUUUUCUUGCCACUAUAUAUAAAAUGGAUGUAUUCGUUAGCAACACACACAAGCAUUCACACCAUCAAAUUAAAAUCAAUUGUAUCUUCAGUUCAAGAUCUUUUAAAGACCUCAAUAUCCAAUAAUAAUCUGCAGUAGCGAGUUUAGCGAGAGAAUAUAGCCUAAUAAUGAAAUGCACCAGAGUUAGGGAAGGUAUAUGGCUCUUUAGUUGAUGUGAAAGUGGUUUAGGUGCAUUGAAGUAAAAUCACUUAAUUUAUGAGAACAUUUAUACAGAGAAAAGAGUAGAAUCAGAGAUGAGAAGAUAAUGAGAACCGCCAGAACUGCCAAAACCGCCAGAAAUACUUUAUUAUUGUUUCAUAUUUACAAUGUGUUACAAUCCGAGUGCCGAGUUCACUAUGUACAUUUACUGAUGUUGGUGUGUCAAAAUAUAUAUAGUGGGGCAAAAAAAGUAUUUAGUCAGCCACCAAUUGUGCAAGUUCUCCCACUUAAAAAGAUGAGAGAGGCCUGUAAUUUCUCAUCAUAGGUACACUUCAACUAUGACAGACAAAAUGAGAAAACAAAAUCCAGAAAAUCACAUUGUAGGAUUAUUAAUGAAUUUAUUUGCAAAUGAUGGUGGAAAAUAAGUAGUGAAUGACCUGCAGAGAGCUGGGACCAAAGUAACAAAGCCUACCAUCAGCAAGGGCAUUGAAGAUGAAACGUGACUGGGUCUUUCAGCAUGACAAUGAUCCCAAACACAUCGCCCGGGCAACGAAGGAGUGGCUUCGUAAGAAGCAUUUCAAGAUCCUUGAGUGGCCUAACCAGUCUGCAGAUCUCAACCCCAUAGAACAUCUUUGGAGGGAGUUGAAAGUCCGUGUUGCCCAGCGUCAGCCCCAAAACAUCACUGCUCUAGAGGGGAUCUGCAUGGAGGAAUGGGCCAAAAUACCAGCAACAGUGUGUGAAAACCUUGUGAAGACUUACAGAAAACGUUUGACCUCUGUCAUUGCCAACAAAGGGUAUAUAACAAAUACUGAGAUAAACUUUUGUUAUUGACCAAAUACUUAUUUUCCACCAUAAUUUGCAAAUAAAUUCAUAAAAAAUCCUACAAUGUGAUUUUCUGGAUUUUUUUUCUCAUUUUGUCUGUCAUAGUUGAAGUGUACCUAUGAUGAAAAUUAUAGGCCUCUCUCAUCUUUUUAAGUGGGAGAACUUGCACAAUUGGUGGCUGACUAAAUACUUUUUUGCCCCACCCAUAUAUAUGUGUGUGUGUGUGUGUGAUACCUGUUAGAUAUUGGUGGCUUCCUGUGAUGUACUUUUGUAUGUCUGAUUGCUGUAUAAGUGAGUUAGCUAGCAUGAUUGAGAUGUAAUGGGCACAUUAGCCCCUGCUAAUACAGUGUUACAGAUUCAUGCUAUCAACAGCCAUCAAUAUAAUCAAGCCGGAGGGGAUGGCUGCUGUUUUAUGGGCUACUGACCAAUUGUGCUAUUUUGUGGGGGGGUUUUCUAUUUUUUUUGUAACUUAUUUUGCACAUAAUGUUUCUGCUACCGUCUCUUACGACCGAAAAGAGCUUCUGGAUAUCAGAACAGCCAUUACUCAUCUUUUCUUUAAUGAGUCUGAAGUGAAGGAUUUACUGCUUAUGGUAGAUAAAUUACACGAUUAUGUUAUAAUACUGUUUAUGCAUUGAAUAGCUUUGAUGAAUCAUCUAUUUAAUUGAAUCAUCUAUUUCUGUGGGACUGAGUUGGGCCUCUGGGGCUUGAGCUGAUAAUUUACCUACAACUGGCAUUCCAUAGAUAAGAUGUGGUCGGUGUAACCGAGAUUGAGAGAGCCUGGAGGAGUAGAACAAAACCCCGUAUUGUUCCUAAUCAUCCUGUAAUUUGGAUUUAAACAACACCAGGUGCAGAUAACCACCAAAUGAACCCAAAGUGGCUUGUGAUGCCCCCCAAUCUGCAUGAGAGGGGUGGAACCAGCCAUGACUAAGCAUUCUUAGUGUGAGCUAUAUAAAAACCAGGAUUCCUCUGUAAAGGUUAAGCUCUCGGCAACACACUCAAGAGUGUGGGGUCGACAGUUUCAUUAGUGCUAUAAUUAAUCGAUAUGAAAUAAAGAUGAUUAUUUGAAUAAUU